UAACUUUUUUUUGUUUUGUUUUUUGGUUUUUUGGAUUUAUUCUCUCUCAUCCCAGUUUCGCAAAAUCUCCACCUUGUGCGCUCCAAGCACCCUCGAAUUUCACACGUCGAGCAACUGAAAAAACAAUUAGAUUUCCGGAUACCCUUUUCCAUCCUCGGCAAUCCCAUCUAAUUCAGAUCAAUCAAUCGCUCGUCGGUUUCCUGGGAAGCACAUUGUGAUUGAGGAUUCAAUUUUUAUUCUUAUCCAAUGUGAAUGUGGGGAAGAAUUUAGGAAUUAGUGUCAUGAUGAGAGGAUCAAAUUCUAAUGGGAAUUUGGAGAGCAAUGCUAGCUUACAGAGUGAACUUGAAGCAUUGCUUCUACAGCAGCAACGUAAUCGUGGUUUAAUUCUUGAGAAGGAGAGGGAAUUGGAUAUAAACAGGAGUGGCAGCGCUCCUCCAACAGUUGAGGGUGCACUGGGUGCUGCCGGGAGUCUGUUUAGGUAUCCCAAUUUUUCAAAAAAUGAUGGCAGUGGUAGUAGCAAUAACAAUAUUGCAAGCAUUGGCGUAUUGUCGGAAGAGGAAAUCCGAUCACACCCUGCAUACUUGGAAUACUAUUAUUCGCAUGAAAACCUCAAUCCUAGAUUGCCUCCGCCCUCCUUGUCGAAAGAGGAUUGGCGGGUUGCACAAAGGGUCAGGGCUUCAGGUUUUAGUUUGGGAAGAAACGCCAACAAUAGUGCUGGAAGCUCAUCAUUGUUUUCAAUGCAACCAGGUUUAUCUUUGAAGAAAGCCGAAGAUGAAAUGAUGGAGCUGAGGAAGACUGCUCUAAGAAACCUGUCACGGAAAAAUUCUACCGAGUCGCUGGACAAAGGUUCCAGUGGUUUGGUUGGGGCCUCAAGUUCUGGAAUGGGAGUUAGAAGGAAGAGUUUUGCUGAUAUACUCCAGGAAGGGCUUGGCAGACCUGUGAAAUCACAUCUUUCUCGCGCUGCGAGCCAGAAUUCAGUUACUGAUGUUUUGGAUUCGAUGGUACUCUCUAACUCUAAUGCAGUUGAAGCCACUCAGAAUAUUGGCUCCGCCAAUCCUAGUUCCUUCGGGUCUUCUGUGAGUUCAUCUUUCACAAGCACUAGGACUGAACCAUUGGGGAGGUCCCGUGGUCCUGGUCUUGUCAACCUUGGUAAUGGAGUUCAUCGUGCUGGUAACUUAAAUUCUAUGACAUCGGAUCCCCCUAAUUUUCCUUCAUCUGGCAUUUUUGAGAUAGCUGAUAUUGCUGCUUCUCUUUCUGGAUUAAGCAUGUCUAGAGGUCAACUUCACGGUGAAAAUAUUUCAAAGCCCUCGUUUCAGAUGGGAAUUCCGACAGGUCAUAAACAGAAUCAGCAGCAAUAUUAUGGUGACAGUUCUAGAGCAGAAAAUUUGAUCAACAAUAUAAACUAUGUAAAUUUGGCCGCUAGGACUAGCGCAUCAACGAGUGGCCUUAAUACUUCAAAAUCAGUUCCGAGUGAGCAAGUGAGUAUACCAAGGAGGACAUCUUCCACUGCUAAUCUUCUGGCUCUCAAUAAUUCUUCUGAUUACGCAAGACUAGAAGAUCUGAAAAUCCAGUACCAGAACAAUAAUUUUCCUGGUGUGGCUCUUUCUGCUCACAGACAUGGUGGAUAUGCAGUCGAUCAGAAACCUAAUAUGAUGAUCAAUAACGAUCUUGGUGCAGUUUCCAUAGGUUCACUUUUGACUGGUGGUAUUGGAGAUGGACAGCUUUUGAGAAGUAGCAGCCAGGCAGGACUUCAUUUUCCUGUUAUGGAUCCACAUCAAAUUCAAUAUAUGCAGAAAAUGUUGAAUUAUGGAAGGGAUUUGACUCAUAUUUCAGGAAAUUCUUCUCAAGGAAUUCAUUGUGUUGGUAGUUCCCAUAGCAAUGAAGAUUUUCAGGCUUUAGAGAAAGCUUAUCUUGAGGCAUUGCUUGUGCAACAGUUACAGCAUUAUCAGUCACAGUUUUUACAAAAACCUGGCAGUAUUAAUCAUCAAUACCAUGGGAACCCUGCAUUUGGUUCAUGUGCUGCCUCAUACCAAGGAAACGUGGUGUUAAAUGCUCCAAUUUCCAGAGUCAGUUCCAGAAGUUCUAUGCUUCAGAAUGAGAAAAGUGGCCAAAUGCCCACAACUUUGAGAAGUCUAAAGGGAGAAUCCAGUGGUCCAUUGAAUUCACAAAGUGGAAAAGGAAGAUUUGAGUCACUAUUAGAGGUGCUCAAGAACAAUAAGACCAAAUCUUUGGAACUCACAGACAUUAUUGGUCAUAUUGUUGAGUUCAGUAUGGACCAGUUCGGAAGUCGCUUUAUUCAGCAGAAGCUGGAGACUGCUACUGUCGAAGAAAAGGCAAAGAUACUCACCGAGAUUAUUCCUCAUGCUCGUGGUUUGAUGAUUGAUGUUUUUGGAAACUAUGUCAUACAAAAGUUCUUUGAGCAUGGCACUGAAAGUCAACGAAAGGAGUUAGCGGGACACCUUAUUGGUCAUGUUUUGCCCCUCACUCUACAGAUGUAUGGUUGCAGAGUUGUGCAAAAGGCCUUGGAAGUGGUUGACAUAGAGCUGCAGGCUAAGAUGGUAGCAGAGCUUGAUGGUUCAGUGAUGAAAUGUGUGCAUGAUCAGAACGGAAAUCAUGUGAUCCAGAAAUGCAUCGAGUGUAUUCCUCAGGAUCGGAUUAAGUUCAUAAUAUCGUCAUUCUUGGGUCAAGUUGUGACUUUGUCCCAACAUCCGUAUGGCUGUCGUGUGAUUCAGAGGGUUCUUGAGCACUGUGGUGAUCCAAACACUCAAGAAAUAAUAAUGAAUGAGAUAAUGGGCUCUGUUUGUAAGCUAGCUCAAGACCAAUACGGAAAUUACGUCAUUCAGCAUGUUGUCCAGCACGGGAAACCACAUGAACGAUCUACGAUUAUUGGGAAGCUGGCAGGGCAAAUUGUGAAGAUGAGUCAGCAGAAGUUUGCUUCUAAUGUUGUUGAGAAAUGCCUGACUUUUGGCGGUCCAGAGGAGCGUAAACUUUUGGUGAAUGAGAUGCUUGGUUCCACAGAUGAAAACGAGCCACUCCAGGCUAUGAUGAAAGAUCCAUUUGGAAACUACGUCGUGCAAAAGGUACUCGAGACUUGUGAUGAAAAGAGCAGAGAAUUAAUCCUCUCUCGUAUCAAGGUUCACUUGAGUGCACUCAAGAGGUACACUUAUGGCAAACACAUUGUAUCCCGUGUAGAAAAGCUUGUUGCAACUGGAGAGAAGCACAUAGGGCAAACCUCCUCCAAUUCCUCUUGAAACACUCCAAUCUCGAGCAAAAACAUCUGUACAUACAAGAUGCUGAGUCCGUCACGGCCACAAGCUCUUUCCAACACGGCUGCUAUUCAUUGUACAUGGGAUAGUAUUAACAUAGGUUUUGCUCAUAAUCGAGCCAAUAAUAAGUUUGCAUUUCUUUGUUGAUUUGUGCAUAUUUUGCGCUUCAUUUGUCGUUAAUUGUGAUGAAGAGUCGCAUUCUUUAUGUAUAGGGUUGAUAACGUUAUGAUGAACUUAGGGUAUAUAUAGUUGCACAGAAUGCCAAACAGAUACAUCAAAAAGAGGCAUUUUCGCGAUAUAUCUUUGGCAUUUGCAUAUCUUCUUCGGUAUACAUCUCUACUAGCUAUUGUUGUUUAUGAA